AUGCCGAGCUAUGCUUCGUUUGCGAACGGCUUGGCUGUAUUUCGCAAGGGCCUCACAGGACUAAAGGCUGACUUCUGGCGAGUCCUUGUCUACGGCUUACAACUGAAGUGGCAGGGGAGUCUUCCAGGCACACGGGAAAGACUCAGCCGUGAAAUAAUCUGGACGGGCAUAACUUUGACCCAGCUCCUCGACCGAAAGCGUCGGGUCAUGAGCGCGCCUGAGCGAAGCAAUUGCCAGGAUGGCCGAUGCCCGGAUGGGAAAGGACAGCCGUGCUUCGAACGGCAAGUGGGUGAACAAGGUCCAAGGGAUCAGCGGAUCGAUGCUGCCUGCCGCCGUGUUGAGGGUGGAGGCGGUCCAGAGUCCGACUGCCGAUAUUCACCGAGCGAUAGCUUCUUCUCCAAAGAGUGA